UUUUUCACCAUUAUAGAGAAACAAAAAGAGCCGUCACUGUGUGUUUCUUUCUUUACAUAAAGAAAUCAACUCAAACAGAUCUGAAAAACCCAAAAUAUUUACUGUGUCACAGUAAAUAUGAGUAGCAGAGGAGGUAAAAACAGUAACAAUAAUGGAGGAAUUCCAAUUGGUUCAAAAAAGAUGAUACAAAACUUAAAGGAAAUAGUAAAUUGUCCUGAAGCUGAGAUCUAUGCUAUGCUUAAAGAAUGUAAUAUGGACCCUAAUGAAGCUGUUAAUAGGCUUCUUACUCAAGAUACUUUUCAUGAGGUGAAGAGCAAACGAGAGAAGCGAAAAGAGAGUAAGGAUACAACUGAAUCUAGGUCCUGGACUACUAGUAGCACUCCAAGCCGUGGCAGUAGGGCUGGUGGGGAACGAUAUGUUGGGCGUGGUGGAUCAGAGUCUACCAAGCCCGCUCCUGCUUACAGGAAGGAGAGUGGAUCACGUACGAACAACUUCUCUUCAACCCCUUUAAUUGCAGGAAGUAAUACAGAUAGGAGAACAACUGCCAUCAGUGAUUCUACUGGAAACGAAAGUAAAAGAUUGGCACCAGCAGCAGUUGAUGGUUAUUCAGCUGCUUCACAGCCUUCUUCUGGAUAUCAACCUACUUGGGGCGGGGUGCCAGGUCAAGUAUCAAUGGCUGAUAUUGUCAAGAUGGGUAGGCCACAAAGUAAAGUGCCUAGUGUGGCCAAUAAAUCUCACCAUACUGUUGGUGAGGUACAUCAGGAACAAAGGGAUUAUUCAUCUGCGAAUGAUGAAUGGCCUUCAAUUGAGCAGCCAUCAGCUGCUAGCCAGCCUGCUGUCUCGGUUUCAUGGCCUUCAAUUGAGCAGCCACCAGCUGCUAGCCAGCCUGCUGUCUCGGUUUCAUGGCCUUCAAUUGAGCAGCCAUCAGCUGCUAGCCAGCCUGCUGUCUCGGUUUCCGUGUCGCAUCCUGAGCUGUCUAACAUGUCUUUUGACAGAAUUGAUCAUCAAACUCAGAUGGACGAGGCUCAAGAGGCAGAUGACAGUGUGUCUAAUGAAGACAUUGGUUCUCUUUCCAGUAGAAAGUUGCAGGAGGAUAAUGCGGAUAGUGCUUCUCUCUAUGACAAUGACCUCUACGGAUAUCAGCACCAGAAUCACACUUUUGACAAUCCACAAGUUGAAGAUGUUAAUGUCUCAGUUUCAUCAGUUGCUGAAAACUUGCAACAACUAAAUGUAAAGGAUGAUCGGGCUUUACCGUCUGAUAUGGAUGGUCCAUCCGUUGUGAUUCCAGACCAUCUUCAAGUUCAAACAGCUGACCUUUCUCACCUAAGUUUUGGUAGCUUUGGUGGUGUGUCCUUUUCUGGAUCACUGGCCUCUGCCCCUGUGAAAACUAGCUUGGAAGAUUCAUCCAAAGACGCAGAUAGUUCUUCAGUUGGGCAUUUGGGCACCAGGGCCGGUGAAUACUAUGGUGAUGAGACUCUCAGAAAUGAGUCCGAUAAUAAUUUAUUCCAUAGAAAUAAUGCAAGUCCUGGAAAUUAUGAAUUGCCAGCUGCUUCACAACCAGAAUCUCUGAAAGCAGAAACUAGCGAUGGACAUUAUUCAUAUCCGUCCUCUGCUGCUGGCUAUUCAUACGAAAGUGCUCAACAAUUAAAUGCAGCAUUUAGUCAGCCACAGACUAGUUCUCAUAUGCAAAAUCUUGCUCCUUAUUCCAAUGAGACAGUCUACACAAAUUCUUUGCAGAGUAACUUGUUGGCUGCUAACAUUCAUCCUGGUCGAGAGUCUGAGCUUUCAUAUUCCCCGUUUUCAACAACACAAGCAAUGCCCACACAAUAUGGCAACUCAAUUUCAUCUAUCAGUGGUUCAACAACUUCCAUGCCUGAGGCUUUGAAGACCGUUGGUUUUUCAUCAGGAGCACAGCCUACUCAGCAGAUGCUUUCUGGAACUAAUGUCGCCACGGGACCCACAGUACCUCAACAUCUAGCCGUACACCCGUAUUCUCAACCAACGGUUCCUCUAGGAGGACCAUUUGCCAACAUGAUAAGUUACCCCUUUAUGCAUCAGAAUUAUCCAUAUAUGCCAUCUGCAUUCCAACAAGCGUUUCCUGGUAACAGCACUUAUCAUCAGUCGCUUGCAGCAAUGCUUCCCCAAUAUAAGAAUACCGUUUCCGCGAGCAGCUUGCCUCAGUCUGCCAGUGUUCCUUCUGGAUAUGGUGCUUUUGGAAAUACAAAUACUAUCCCUGGGAACUUCCCGAUCAACCCCCCUGCUGCUCCUUCUGGCACUAACUUAAGUUACGAUGAUUUAUUAAGCUCUCAGUACAAGGAUACCAAUCAUUUGAUGUCUCUUCAGCAGAAUGAGAACUCGGCUUUAUGGCUUCAUGGACAUGGUUCAAGAACAAUGCCAGCUGUUCCUGCCAACACAUAUUAUGGCUUUCAGGGACAAAAUCGUCAACAGCCGUCACAGAGCUAUGGAUCUUUGGGGGGCUACCCGCAGCAUUUCUACAAUUCUCAGGCUGGUAUCUCAUUGGAUCAACAACAGCAACAACAAAACCUUCGGGAUGGAUCGUUGGCGGGCCCACAAGUCCAGCCGAAGCAGUCUCAACAACAGAUAUGGCAAAACAGCUACUAAUCUUUACUGCCUCCUCGUUUUUCCGGGGUCUUGUAAUGAGUGUGUGAUAGUGGCCUUUCGAGCUGUUUCUGUGGAAAUAACCAUCGUUCACGAUCCCUGAAGAGACUUGACUGGCUGCUGCCCUAUGCCACGAGGCUGUACGUUUACGUGUUUAUCUCAGAGUUAAAUGUAACGUAGGAAUGUCUGUGUUAACGCAGUGCUAGUGGUCUCGUCUGUGUUUUCUUUUUAACUCUUAUUAACACGGUUAACCCCCUUUUCACCGUUUUUAAUCUAUAGUUAGAAGUUGUGUUCUGUUUCCCACUGGUAAUAUAUUUCUCAAGUAUCUGUUUUCUA